UCACCUUCGAAUUUAUUCACAUUCCACAUAAUUUUUCCCACCGCGGCGAGGCAGAGCAAGGCUGUCCCCUUGCAGCCUCCCGCCACCACCGCCACCGCAACAACAACCGCCGCGACUAUCAAAUAGUAAUAGUAUUUUUUUUUUAAAUUCAAUGGAGGAGCAGAAAUGUGAGGCAGCUGCCGCCGUGUGGUCCUCUUCUUCUUCGUCUUCGCCGAUUCCGAGCGAGUCGGAGGAGGAGCUGCAGCACAUGGAGUUGGUACCGGUAGGGUGGAAGAACAAGAAGCGGCUGUCCAAGCAGCUAUCGCUGUGUGAGAGGACGAGAGACAUUGCGUGGGAGAGGCGGCGCCGGCAAGAGAGGAGGAGGAGCUCGGUGCUUCAGGAUUGUGUUUGUGAUGAUCUCACCGAUGAGGACCUGCAUGAGCUUAAAGGGUGUAUAGAGCUUGGGUUUGGAUUCAAUGAGGAAGAUGGACAGAGGUUGUGUAACACGUUGCCAGCGCUUGACCUAUAUUUCGCGGUGAACCGGAGGUUGUCGCCGAGCCCAGUCUCCACCCCUCAAAGCCGUGGUUCUUCCCUUGGUGCCCGUUCAUCAUCCUUUGGAAGCCCCAGGAGUGAUGAUUCCUGGAAGAUUUGUAGCCCAGGGGAUGACCCUGAACUGGUGAAGACCAAGUUAAGGCAUUGGGCUCAAGCCGUUGCUUGUUCUGUGAUGCAAUCUUCUUCUUGAAGUUGUUGGAUGUUGUUCUGUACAGAGGGAUGUUAAUUCUAGAGAUGCAUGGACAAAGAGUAAGAAAGAAAGACCGGAAAAAUCAAAGGAAAAAGAGGAGCUAGCUCGGGUGUAGAGUUUACUGAUCAUUUAACCAAACCAGAUUCCUCCUUCAGGGGAUUUAUUUGUUGGAGCUUGAAGAAUUCAUUCAAUGCUAACAACAUUAACCGGUUCGAAGAUACUUAACGGUCUAACUAACCAAUCACCACCGCAGUUUUUCUUCUUUGCCGUUUCUCUUGCUUGCUUGCGCAUAGUUUCAAUCUCAAACUGUCUUUUGCAGGGUCUAUUCAUCAUCAUAUAGAAAUUUUUGAGUCACAUGGUAAAAUAGUGCCAUUACCAUAGCAUGUUUCUGUCUCUUUUUACCAUGUCGAAGGUUAAAUUCAAAGGCAUUAAUCAAUGUAAUGUCAGAGAUCACCAUUCAUGAGUAGAUAAGCUCCACCACACCUCUUUAGCAUAGGACUGGCAUGAUUUGAUUGUAGAAGAUACACAGAGAAGUAAAUGUGCAAAAUGUAUGUUUCAUUCUGAUUCUGAUGAACUCUUCCAAAUCAAAUCUCGUGGUCAUUUUAUCUGGUUUCUUUUUGUCUCAUUGGUCAAUCAAUAGAUGAAUGUGAAUCUUGGAUCAUUUGAA